CUGCUACUCUCAAAUACAUAACCGCCAAAACUCAUUAAUGUUUAUUGAAUCAUAAUGACAUUUCGCCUGCGUAAGUCACCUGCCGAAGAUAUUCAUAUCCAAUAGCAAAUGCUGAUAAGAAAAUAAUUCAUUAAAUUUGGAUCUGAAUAGCUGCUAUUUCAUUCAAAAUGUAUUCAUUAAUGUCAAUGUUUUGAUACCUGCUGUAGAAAACAGAAAAUCAAUUCCUUUCCUUUAAUAAGUUUUAGAAAGACAAUUCGUUCUAUUCUGUGAUGAAAUUUUGAGGAGUAAGGAACUGCAGAAAAAAAUGGAGAUUCAAAUAAUAUGUCUUCUUCUUUCACAUAUAUAUCUAGCAUUGUUCCUAAGACGUGCUGGUUCUUGGAUUUUGCGUCUGCCAUGCAAAGUAGAGGGAGUGUUUGAUGUUGCAUCUCCAGGCUACGCACUUUAUAGUCAAUUGCUUGCAACAUUGACCGCUUCAAGUUUGGAAGAUUGUUUUGAAAAUUGCAGAGUUAGUGACGGCUGUAAGUCUGUAAAUUAUAAAGUAUCUGGUGAGGAUAACUGUGAGCUGAACAAUCAAAUAAAUGGGAAUGCUGACCCGGCAGAUUUCAGGAACAGAGUUGGCUGGACCUAUUAUGCUACAAAUUACAACAAGAAAAAUAUUGGUUCUUACUGCGAGUUAUCCAAACCAUGCAGACAGCCAGGGUACUGCAUUGACACGUGCUCGUGCCCAGGCUUUAUGUGCAUCGAUUGCAGCUUUAAAUACAAACUGAAUGAUGAUUUUCAAUGCGUUGCAAGCAACAAUAUAGCAUUAAACAAGACAGCAGUACAAUCGACACAAUAUAAUCAGUACACACUAGCAUCCUACGGAGUUGAUGGUAGCUUUGGGAGGAUUUACACACACUGUGCAGUUACAAAAAGUCAGGAUUUUCCUCCAUGGUUUCGUGUUGAUCUACAACAAAAACUUCCUGUUCGUUCAGUUGCUUUGCACAACAGACAAGACUGUUGCUGUUGCUGGAAUCGAAUGAACCCAUUUGAUGUUCGCGUCGGCAUGAGUCUGGAGAAUGAUGGUAGAGUGAAUCCUAAAUGUGUGGAUGGGGCCAGUUUUAUCCACGGAAACCAAUACCUCAGUUUGGAAUGUCCUUUGAUAAUGUACGGCCGUUAUGUCAUUGUGUUGGCUGAGUCUUCAACGAUAAUGGAGCUUUGCGAGCUAGAAGUUUAUUCAUAAGAACUAUUGCCAGAUCUCGUAGACACUCAUAAAUUGAUAAACAUAUUGCCAAGUUUACACUGUUUCCUCAUGCACAUCUCUUUAAGAGAAGGUCUGUUGUUAAGGGGACCUCUGAGGUUAAGAUAAUGGAGCUUUGCGAAUUAGAAGUUUAUUCAUAAGAACAAAGAUUUCGUAGACACUGAUAUAUUGAUAAACAUAUUACCAAGUUUGCACUGUUUCUUCAUCUCUCGCAAGGAGAGGUGUGUCACAAAGGGGGUCUCUGAGUUUUAGGUGAUGCCUGUUUUGGUUGGUAUUUUAAAAUCAAUAAAAAAGGAAAAUAUAAACCUUACUACAAUACAAGAUACAAGAAACAUUCGAAGAUAAUAAGGACGAUAUCACAGGGUCAGGGUCGUCGCGAGGCAAGUUUUGCUAGAUGGGAGGGGCGGGCUGUAUGAACUAGAAAUUUACCUAAUAAAAAAAUUAUUGCCUGAAAUUCAGGGGCAGAUUUAAGCAACAAUGAUUGGAGGGGGGGUUAGACACUAAAUUUUGUGCCGCGCCCUUCAGGUCACUGAUAAAUGAUGGAAACGUUGAAAUCAAAUAUCUAAAAUAUUAACAGUAUUCAAAAGUUUUAAACCAUGUCCGUUUUCCUUGGAGCAAGUCCACGAGAAGCAUCUCUGAAUCCAGGACGGGCAGAAGCAUCAGGACGGGCAAAGGAUAUAGUUGCUACCCGAGGCGGCACCAUGGUUGUCGCCAAAUGAGCAGAAUAUUCUCGAAUUUUAAUGCUUUCAAUUCCACAACCCGUAGGGCGCACAACCCAAAGAUUGGGGGAUAGGAUAAAACAGCAUGUUCCUUCCAACAUACGAAACAAAACUGCCCCUCAAAGAGAACAGCCUCCUCGAUCUUGUAGGUCUAGAAACACUGUUAAAACAAGUGAUUCUGCCAUUGGUCAACAUCUUUUAGACAACCCAGAUUGUGCAAAACUCUAUAAUGACGACAUGUUUCGGAUAAUUGGCAGAGCC